AUGGCCUCGCCGACUUGUCCCUCCCCUGCUCGCCACAUUCACCGCGCUGCGAGCCAAUCCUUCUCGUCGCGCUCGUCCUUCCGCGGCGCUUCAUCCACGUCGUUGAUCCCAGUUCCGCAAACCGCGGCGCCGCGAAUCCAGCGGCUGUCGCUGGCCGUCCGAUGCGCAUCGGACGGCGAGGAUGCAGGCGGCGGGGGCGUGAGCAAGUCGCGGCUGGGAAACAUCAUCCGGCGAAAGCACGCUACGGUGCAGGCGCGGCUGCAGCAGAUGGGGCAGGACGAGGUGAAUCGCCGUCUGGAGGGGGCAGUGCGCCUGCACCCGCCCGCGCAGCUCACAGACCUGCUGCUGCGCCGAGCGGAGGGCGCGGGGGGCGCGGAGGGCGAGUGGGGCGCGGAGGGGCCGGGGGGAGCGGGGGGGCGCGCGGCGCUGGUGGUGGAGGUGGCGCGCGCACGGCCGUCAGAGUCCCCUGAGAGCCUUGCCAGGCGCUGCCUGCGAUACGUUGCCCUCGGAGCGGACACAGUGAUGGUGUGCUGUGACGAGGAGGUCUCGCCUGAUGGCCUUGCUGACGUCAGAGCUGUAUCCAGAGCCCUCCCGGGAGUGCCGGUCAUUGUAAAAGACUGGAUGCUACAUCCCAUUCAGGUGGCAGAAGCAGCGGAAGCAGGGGCGGCAGCCUUUCAUAUAGUGCACGGGGUUCUCAAUAAAGCCACUGCACCAAUGCUCGCCUUUGCCUUUGGACUGGGAGUUGACGUGGCAGUAGAGGUGGUGAAUCUGGAGGAGCUGAAGCGACUAGAGCCGCUCGCCAUUCCCCUCUAUGGCCUCAACCUCUCCGUUGGGCUGGCUGUGUCGGCACCAGGGUUCAGGCAGAGCGUUGCCAAGUCGCUGCUCUCCUCCAUGCCCUUUGGUGCUGCUGCUCUCGUGGGCGCCUCAUCAGUGGAGGACGUGCGGAUGAUGAAGGCAGCAGGUGCGACGGCAAUCGUGCUCAAAAGGGAGGUGUUUAAAGGGAUGGAGGGCAGUACCACGGGGGUGGGAGAGAGGGAGGAGGAGAAGGCGUUGCAAGACCUGUUUGAGACACUCAACUACAUCUUGACUGGCGAUGACUGA